AUGAAGAAGGAAUAUAUCAUUGAAGAAGUGAAUCCAGGUACAUAUAAUGACACAAUAUUAUAUGGACCAGCCAAAGUGAAUCAAUAUUCAUCUCUUAAGGGCACAAUUUUUGGAGAUAAAGGAAUAGAUUGUACUUUCCCUUCUAAAGAAGGAGUUGCAUUUAUCUUCUCCGAUAACCUUUGUGCCAAAUGGUCUUACGGUCUAAAAAUCCCAAAGAACAAGCUCCUGGUAGGGCCUUCCCCAAUUGAAGAGGUAUUCCCUUAUUUGAAGGGUACUGUUUUUGCGAAUGGGUUGGAUGCUGCAUUUGAGACAUCACGUCCUUAUGAAGUUUACCUAUUUAAGGGAGAUAAGUAUGCUCGUAUCUUCUAUGAGGGUGCUGGAAAACUGUUUAACAGAGAUACCUAUGCUCGUGUCACCUACACACCUGGCACCGCUACUGAGAAACUAGAGAACUUGGCAAAAAUCAAGAGCUACUGGACUGGUUUAGGAAGAAUCUUGCCUCGUUCUAAUCAAUGA